AUGCGUUUCGCCGUCGCCACCGCUUUCUCCGCCCUCGUGGCUCUGGGUGCUGCCUACACUGCUCCUGACUACUCCAAGAACCCUGCCGGCAAUCCCAUCAUCUAUCCUGGCCUGAACGACAUCGUGCCCGAGGGCAAGACCUACACCAUCAAGUGGACCCCCACCACUACUGGCCCCGUCUCUUUGGUUCUCCUGCGUGGUCCUUCCAACAACGUCGUUCCCCUCAAGACUCUCGCCGAGUCCAUCCCCAACAGUGGCGAGUUCCAGUGGACCCCUGGCUCUGACCUUGUGCCCGACGUUACCCACUACGGUCUCCUGCUCGUUGUCGAGGGUACCGGCCAGUACCAGUACUCCACCCAGUUCGGUCUCUCUGCCGCCGCCGGCGCUGUUUCCAGCUCCAGCUCCUCUUCCGUCGAAGCCACCGAGACUGAGACCAGCGCUGCCGCUUCCACCCCGGCUGCCUCCGCUCCUGCCUCGUCGACCACUGUCCUCGAGAGCACCGUGAUCACCACCACUAUCUGCCCCGAGACCGAGACUGCCGCUGCUGCGACCACCCCUGCCCCCAAGGUCAUCCCUACCGGUGUUUCCCCCGUUAGCCCCUCUUCCAGCACCCCCUUGGCCUCCGUUCGUCUCAUCACCAGCGCCACCCCCUCUGGUACCGCCUCUGCUUCUCCUUUGAACUCGCCCCCCGCCUUCAACAGUGCUGGCCGCAACGCUGUUAGCUUCGGUGCCGUCAUGGCCGGUGUCCUCGCCGCUUUCGCCCUCUAA